AGCUCCGAGCCGCUGCCAAAUGCGAACCACCCCCCCCCCCUCCUCCUCGGCACCCUGCGCCGCGCCACGGACUACCUGCCGGACACCCGCCCUGCUCGCCGCGGCGUUUGCGCGUUGGGAUUACCGUCGCGCAGAUCUUCCAGACGCCGCCGUUGCUGGAACGAAACGGAUGUGGUUAGAAAUGGGAGAGGGUUUGGGGCCUCUCUCCCCUGUAGGAUGGUAGCCGAUAGCACAGUGGAAGGCCAUGACAAGACCCGCUUGUCAAGCUCAUCCUCGUCGUCAUCAUCAUCAUCCUCAUCAUCCUCAUCAUCCUCCUCACCUUCCUCGUCAUCACCAUCGUCACGCCGCACAGAGUCGGCGCAGCUUCAGCGUCGGGCCGCUCCAGAGCCCAACCCCAGAUUGGCGCCUGUCCCCUCUGUGUAUCUGACCCACUUCCCUACCUUCUCCUGCAAGGAGGACUGCAAGAUCAUCACAGACACAGCGGUCAAGCUCGAGCGCAGCGGCUUCUACUGGGGCCCUCUGGGAGUGGAGGACGCCCACCGCAUGCUGCGGGACGCUCCGCUGGGCAGCUUCCUCAUCCGCGACAGUCGGCAGAAGGACAUCUUCUUCACACUGUCCUACAACGCCAAGAGCGGGCCGGUCAGCGUGCGCAUCGACUACAAGCGGCAGAAUUUCUCACUGGCGGGCAACGAGCGCACCUUCCCGACGCUCUUUGCCCUGUUGGAGCAUUACAUCAACUCUCCCAAGAAGAGCCUGAGCAUCCCUUACAGGAAAUGGGAGCCAACGCUGCAGGAACUGUGCAGGAAGCGCGUAAUGGAGCUCUGUGGGGGAGGAAGCCGUGUGUCAGAUCUGCCAGUCACCCAUGUGGUGCAAGACUUCCUAUUGGAAUUCCCUUACAAAUUAUGACCAGCUCACCAUGUAAGGUUUUGAUGGUAUUGUUUUUAAUUUCAAGAAGACUGUUUUUACCAAGCCACAGUAAACUGGAGGCAUUGGUAAUGCCUAUCCACCACGUGUUGAGGGUUAAGA